AAGAAUCAAUUGCUUUUGCAACAAGUUAUCAGAGAUUAGUUUACUUUGGACAUGCAUUAGAGAUGCUUUUACAUCAGGUAUUAGAAGAUGAAGCAGAACAUCCAAAUGAAACUGCUCAAGCGGUUUUACCACGUGUUGUAAAAUUCAUCAACACUUUUCCUCAUUCACUUGAUGCUAUAGUGGCGUGUGCACGUAAAACUGAAGUAGCAUUAUGGAGUUAUUUAUUUUCAAUCGUUGGAAGUCCCAAAGAUUUAUAUGAG